GCGCGCACGAAACUUGGCUUUAACCUGCAAAAAAGUUUCUGCAUGGUCCGGGUUCGGCAAUUAUUUGUUUUUGUUGUUAUUAGAUAGUGUUUAGUUCAAAAUGUCACGGCAAAAGUUGUUGAGGCCAUUGCAGUGUCUUGUUAAUCAAGUCAGAACUUAUAAACAUAAUAGUACUCCUCAAAUAUGGAAAGAAGAUGGUGUGAAGUAUGGUUUAGUUACCUACUAUCCCAGACAUAAAAAUCAUGUUGAUCCUCCUAUUACACCAACUAAGUUAUUCUUGAUUGAAAGGGUCAAGCAAUACAAAGGUAUUCCAUACUGGGAAAAACAGAUCUUAAAAAAUAUUAACUUGCAUGGAGAGAAAAAUACAAAACACUAUGCAGUUGUAAAAAAUACACCAGAAAUGUGUUCUAUGCUUUGGAAAAUUAAGCAUCUUAUUAAAGUUACACCUUUGAAUGCCCCGGAUAAACUACCAGAGCCAGAAUCAGUUAGUACUUACUUACAUGAGAAUGGAGAUCUGUUAAUUUUUCCAAAAGUGGAUAAAUCACGCUAUGAAGCAACAAUAGCAUUCAAAAAUGACCCCAAAAGAAUGGAUGGAGAAACUUUAGCAGAAGUUUUAAGGGAUAAAUGGGUGAAUCCGAUGGAGUAAAAAUAGAUUUAAAAACAUCUGUGCCAGAGAUAAUGAAUGACAAUUUUAUUCAAGUUCUUGAAUGAAAUUCCUGUUAUUUUGUAGAUAUUUUGUUAAAGUGAAGUAAAGUAUACAAAACAGAAUUGAACAAAUUAAUAUUUUAUUCAUACUUUCAGCCAAAUGACCUUUUACAAACUACCAACAGUUAUACUAUAAUCUCAUUAAAAUAUUGAGUUCAUCUUAUCGAAGGAGCAAAGCAUGAAUUUCAAUUGGAAGAUGAUUGUGCCGCUUUUGAGUCAGUCGUGCGGAACUAAUGAAUAUCAAGUGACUUUUUUGUAAUUAGAUUACGUUUGCUAUGCUCCUUGAAAGAACUAUAAUCAAAUUAGUUUGACAAUGGACAGAGUUACAUAAACAUACA